AUGGGAGUACAAUGUUUUCUGCAAAAUCUGCUUAUUUUUCUCUCGAUAUACUUCCAGUCAGGAGCUUCCUCAUCUUCUUCAAAAAACAUUUUGCAACCAUCUGAUGCUGCUGCUUUAUUGUCUUUCAAAUCAAAAGCAGAUUUGCACAACAAACUAGCUUUCUCUCCCAACACAAGCUUUGCAUUCUGCAAAUGGAAUGGAGUACAAUGUACUGAUUUCAGAGCAGUUAAAGUCAUUAUAGAAGGAAUGAAACUCGGUGGUACAUUUGCUCCAAAUAGCUUGAGUCGUCUCGGUGAGCUUAGAGUUCUGAGUCUUCAGAACAACUCGCUCACCGGCCCAAUUCCCGAUCUUUCCGGUUUGGUCAAUCUGAAAUCCCUUUUUCUUUCCUACAAUUACUUUGCCGGUUCUGUUCCUCCGUCGAUUUCAACCCUCCAUCGUCUGAAAACACUUGAUCUGUCUUACAAUAUGCUCACCGGUCCGGUGCCGGUUUCUUUGAACAACCUCGACCGGUUGUACUUCCUUCGGCUAGACUAUAACCGGUUCAAUGGAUCAUUCCCACCUUUAAACCAGUCCACCUUACAAAUCUUCAAUGUAUCACAUAAUGAACUCAGUGGUGCAAUUCCAGUUACACCAACUCUUUCCCGGUUCAGAGCGUCAUCGUUUUCGUUGAAUGCAAGACUUUGUGGCGAGAUUAUACACAAAGAAUGCCGCCCAAUACAACCCUUUUUUCGUUCAAACCCAUCUCCGCCGCCGCCAGCCGCGGCUGCGCUUUCCCAAACCGCCCAGUUUCACGGCGCAUUGACCCAACAAAAUAAAAACAACCACAAACGAAAGAAAACAGAUUUCAUAAUUGGGUUCUCAUCCGGGGUUUUCAUUUUGCUUAUUUCUUCGAUUUGUUUGAUUUUUACGGCGAAGAAACUCCGUCAAGCUCCCAAGAUUGAAGGUUCGAAAUCAAUAGGUUUCGAUUCUAGCGUGACGGGGAAUGCCGAGGCUGUGAUAAGAAUUGAAGAAGAAAACAACGAAUUGGAAGAGAGAGUGAGGAGAGUUCAAGAAGGAAUGCAAAUACAAAUGGUGGGGAAGAGUGGGAGCUUAUCGUUCUGUGCAGGUGAGGCGCAUGUUUAUUCGAUGGACCAGCUGAUGAGGGCAUCUGCGCAGCUGUUGGGUAGGGGAUCAAUGGGGACCACCUACAAGGCAGUGCUUGAUAGCCAUUUGAUUGUUACUGUAAAAAGAUUGGACGCUGGGAGAUUGAGUGGCACAAGCCAAGAGGUUUUCGAGGGGCACAUGGAAUCAGUGGGUGGACUGAGGCAUCCAAAUUUGGUGCCUCUUAGGGCUUAUUUUCAGGGCAAGGAAGAACGGCUAUUGGUCUAUGAUUACCAGCCUAAUGGCAGUCUUUCUUCUCUUAUUCAUGGUUCCAAGUCAUCAAGAGCGAAACCUCUGCACUGGACAUCAUGCUUGAAAAUAGCAGAGGACAUAGCUCAGGGCCUCUCCUACAUCCAUCAAGCAUGGAGGCUUGUCCAUGGCAAUCUCAAGUCCUCCAACGUCCUCCUCGGUUCUGACUUCGAGGCAUGUCUCACUGACUAUUGCCUCGUUGCCCUUGCCCGCCCUGCCACGGAAGACGACCCUGACUCGACCGCCUAUAAAGGCCCGGAACUUCGCAAGUUCAACCACCGUGAAGCGACAUCCAAGUCAGAUGUCUACUCAUUUGGAGUUCUUUUGCUUGAGCUUCUCUCUGGGAAGCAUCCAUCACAACACCCGUGUUUAACACCAGACAAUAUGACCAAGUGGGUGAAAUCAAGUAGAGACGAGGAUGUUCAGGAGGAUGAUAGGUUGGAAAUGCUUCUUGAUGUGGCUGUGGCUUGUAGUGUGACCUCACCGGAGCAAAGGCCGACAACGUGGGAAGUUUUGAAGAUGAUACAAGAAAUCAAAGAGGCCGUGAUGAUGGAGGAUAAUGAAUUUGAUCCAAACUCAGGAACUUCUUAG